AUAAAGAAAAAAUAAACUCCCCGAACUCGGCUUCACUUUGUGUGUUUUUUUUAUGAUUUCACUGUCAGUUGAGCUGAUAAAUUAGUGCAUAUUUCGUAUGCAACAGUUAUUUUGACUCAAUAUUUUACUAUAAUAUGAUCCAAUUUAUCGGAAAAUAGGCCCGAAGUGAUUCUAAUAACUAAAAUCAAUAACAAACAGUCUGCAACAAAGUGAUCAAGAUGAAUUAUGAGGCGGAAAGAGCCAUGAAUCAGAAGCGGCUGCGAAUGGAGGGGGAGCCGGGACACGGCGUUGUCCAGGGAAACGGAUUGCCGCUUAAUUACAUAGAUAAUGGGCACCAGAUACCGUACCAGCCGUACGCGAGUGCGUACAACACGCACUAUCCACCGCCGGACGCGUUCGCGGCGUACGGGCCUCCGCCCCCGGGGGGCUACGCGCCACAGAACCUGUCCUACGCGCCCCCCGCGCACCAGAACUACGCGCACCAUCAAAGUUUCCCACCACAACAACCUACCCAGGCGCAGAUACAUAUGGCACAGUCACACAUGGUUCAAGGUUAUGGGGACGUUGGUCUACACAAAGCGUCAUGGCCGCCGCAGCCUCAUCUCCUGCCACCGCUGGACACACAGAAGCCACUUGACAUCAAACAGCUCAAACCAGAAAUCAAACUCGAACCCACUGACACACAUAAGAGACCACAUCCAGAAAAUGAAAUGAUGAAUCGUGAAAUGGAGCAGCCAAAAAUUAAGAUCAAAACAGAUAUUUUUAAACCAGACGAGUUAGUGCAGAGAACAGAUGCUGACAAACCACGUGAAUCUGCCCUUAUAACACCAGCUGAUUUGGGCAAGACAGACCUGUCCAAAGUGGAUGAUGUGCAGACACCCAGAGUGGAAACUGAUAAACCUGUUGAAUCCGCCAAACCUGAGGGUUCCCUAGAAGCAGGCAAGGAUUCCUCAAGCACUAAGGAAUCUACAGGGACACCUUCGGACAAAAGUGAAGAGGACAGAAAACCAUUCAGUAGUCCGGAAAGCGCAAAAAUGGGUUUUACACCAGGAAAAGUGACGCCUGGGUUAGAGCCGAAAAAACGAGGUCGUCCCAAGGGGUCCACGAACAAGCCGAAGCCGCCGGGAACGCCGACGAAGUUGACCCCUCCGACUCCGGGUGCGAUGACCCCUCGUGGCCCCCCGCCCCCCGUCCGCUCAGUCCCCGUCGGCCGGCCGCGUGCCCCCUCCGGAUACCAGUACGCUAUUCGACCGUUCAGGAAGGACUUCUCUGGGAUACAGUUUAGAAGGCGAUGGAGCGACGACUGCCUGGACUCGUCGCACAUCCCGAACGAGGUGUACUUCGGCGACGUGCCCGUGCCGCUGCCGGUGCUGUACAACUACUACGACGCCAAUGCAGAGCGCGAGCGGCUGGCUACGCAGGCCGCGCAGAUCGCAGCACAGAAGGCCGCCGCGGCCAAGCUCGCUGCGGCCAAGCUGCAGGCGCGCGGCGUCAUGUCUAACGAGGUGACAACGGUGGAUUCGUCGUCAUCCGAUGAUUCGUCCGGGUCUUCCGAGAGCGGGUCAGAAGAAAGCGAUGACGACAUGCCCCUAAAGCGCGGCCCCGGGCGGCCGAAGGCAGCGAAGAGCCCCAAGACGCCGGGCACGCCGGGCAAGCGCGGCCGCCCGCCCGUGCCGCCCGAGCUGCGCCAGCCCGGCAUCACCGACAUGAAGAAGUUCUGCAAGGCGGCCGGCAUACGCUUCGACUACAAGAAAUUGGUCGAGGGAUGCACAAAGAACAAAGAGCGGGUGAGCAAAAUGCACGAGCUCCUGGUAAAUGCUGGCCUGGAAGGGAAGCCCACACUGGAGAAGUGUAAAGCCUUGAAAAAGGCCAAAAUGGACAAGAAGGAGCAAGAGAAGCAGGCCAAGAAGGAAGCCAAGGUGACGAAGCACAAAGACACGGAAGGCGAGGAGGGCUGCGCGCGGCGGAUGACGCGCGGCGCGACGGGCGUGAAGCCGCGGCAGCGCAUCGUCAUCUCGUCGGACGAGGAGGACGGCACGCCCGCCGCGCGCCGCACGCUCUCCAAGCUGCGCUCCAGCGUCAACGACGAGUCGGACUCAGACUAGGUGACUUGUGUAACUGACUAGCAGCGCGACGGGCGUGAAGCCGCGGCAGCGCAUCGUCAUCUCGUCGGACGAGGAGGACGGCACGCCCGCCGCGCGCCGCACGCUCUCCAAGCUGCGCUCCAGCGUCAACGACGAGUCGGACUCAGACUAGGUAAUCCUUGACUUCUCUGCUUGGUGAAGGUGUCACGGACAAAGUGUUGCCGACCCCGUAGUGCCGGGCAGUGAAAGGACAGUGCGCGGGGCGUCUAGAAAGUGCUUCGACGGCGCCCCGCCGGCACGGAGGCGUGUUCGCUUCAAUUCCUACUAAUUUUAGGUCCAAGUGUCGAAAUUUUCGAAAAAUUCGCGUUGUGCUGUACCGAAGGGUGUGAAGAAAGGCCAGAUAUGAUUAAAGUAAUUUAUAAUAUUUUACUUUAUUACGAUAUAACAUAUAUAUUAUAUAUCUAUAUCCUUAUUAUUUAUUUGCGUAGCCGGGAAUUGUAUAAUUUCUUUAUGUUUUCUACAAAUUCAUUCUCAUGUUAAACAAAUGGUCGAACAGGCUGAUAUACAGGGUGUCCCGUAAUUAAUGGAUAAAACGCAAAUGGUAGAUACACCACCUAAUUAUCUAAAACUAAUUUGAAUAGUUUUCCCAAAAUCCCUAGUGUGACUAAGAUAUAUUUGUUUUCGAAUUAUUCAAAUUUUUCUAUCUUGAAUGAGUUUUUAAAAUGCUGUAGCUGCUGUAAUUAAGAUUUUAAAGAUCUGAUUUUUGUUAUACAUUACGGAAUAAAUUAUACUACAACAGUAUUUUUAUAAAUAAUGUUUUAUUUAUUUUGUAGAAGAAGCUUGUACAUUAUUAUCCACAAUGUGGAUAUUCAAAUUAGUUUUAGAUAAUUAGGUGGUGUAUCUACCAUUUGCGUUUUAUCCAUUAAUUACCGAACACCCUGUAUAUAGCCUUGUCAGUGACGUGCAAUUAACAAAACCUAAAUAGUAAUUUUAUGGUAGCUAAUUAAAAAAAGGCUCAUGUAGCAGGUAACUUUAACUAAAAGGUUUCUGAAAAUGUUCACGAAAACCUCAUUGAAAUGUGAUUUGGUAUAAAUAUAUACUAUUCAUGGUGUAUAAAUAUAUAUUUAUAUGCCACGAAUAUAUUAUAAUGUUCAUUUAUUGUGAUGAUAUUUUUUAUUAAAUAUAAUUAUGGAAGGAAUGAUUUCUGUAGGACUAAACCCUCGCUCAUUUUAUAUUGUAGAUGAUAGUUUACGGAGCCUGGCACUUAAAUGUUCAUAUGUGCCUAUAAUACAAUAAUUAUGAGGAUAAUUAUAACUAAUAAGUGUCGUCGAUCGUACAUUUUUAAUUUUAAAAUUAUAAUUUGAUAGCUGAAUACUUGAUAGUAUGUUGUAUUUUGUGUGAAAACAAAUUUUAUACUUUAGAUUUUAAUGAAGAACUAUUAUUAUUAAUAGUGUAUUCGAUAAAAACUGUAACACCAAGACGAUAAAUGUAGUUACGAUUAACGAUUGUACAUAGAGAAUAUAUAGAAGAUAUAAAUAUAAGUAGAGUAAUGUGUUUUAUCCUUUAUUUUUGUACAGAUUACAAAUGUGUAAGCGCAAUCGGCCUUGUAUAUAUACGAGUAAAUGUGUGCGUUGUGAGAAUGAAUAAUGAAAUAUGAAAAUAAUGAAUGAUUAAAAUAUAAUAAGUGAAUGAUAAUGUAAUAAUAUCAAUAGGACAUCACAUAUUUAGUUUUAAUAAAGUCAGAGUAAAAAUAUUAUAUAUGCGUAAAUUAUAUGGUUCCUUUUAACUUUCAAGCGUCAGUAUAAACGUUGAAAAUAUGCUCAUUGAUUUGUAUGAAGUUUUGAUUUGUUUGUUUCCGGGAAAAUGGCGAAAAAAUAUUUUUUUCAAUACUGGACCAGACAAGCGUAUAGUGCGACAUAAAAGAGUAGAAGUUAAUGUGUGGCAACACCACAUUUACUGUCAUCAUCACAAAGAUCUGUCAUUAUAGAGCAACCAAUCAUUAUUGAUAGUUUUAUCAGAUUAUGAAAAACAUAGUAAAAAUUUGGAUUAUUACUAGUUUGACUUGAAUUUAUUUAAAUUUAAUAAAUGUAAAUCAUGAAAUCAGCUAUCUUAGUACCAUACAUAACAUAUGAUGCUGAUGAUACUUCGGAGAUAAGUAAGUGUUUUCCAAAUAUUUUAAUUUUUUUUAAUUUAUUUAUAUUAGAUAAUAAUAUUAUUUUCAACAAAUCGUCUUAUUUGAAAUAAAAAAAUAAUAUAGUCUACUUAUAGAAUAAUCAAUUAUUGUCAAGUAUCAAGGUAGUUGCAAUCCCAAGUGGAGGACAGAACACUGGGUUACCCUAUGAACGCCAAUAAGUGACUAUGACGCCCUCGAUUUAUUUUCUACUGUUUUGUUUAAAAGAGUAGAAGUUAAUAAAAAUUGUGGCAACACUACAUUUACUGUCAUUAUCACAAAGAUCUCUCAAUAUAGAGCAACCAAUAAUAAUUGAUACUUUUAUCAGAUUAUUAAAAUCAUAGUGGAAAUUCGGAUAAUUACUAAUUCUGAUAAUUAUUAACUCUGAUGAGAUUGAUUUGAAUUUAAUUAAAUUUAAUUAAUGGUAAUCAUGAAAUUGCAAAUCGCGCAAAAGUUUUAUACCUUUUAUUUUAAAUACGAGCUACCUAUCAUUGGAAAUUGAAUUAUAUACUGUAGUAAUAUUUUACUUCGUAAUAGUCCUAUUUUUAUUUUAAGCUAUUGUGUUGUUUGCUGGAACUUCGAUUAUGUAUUUCAAAAUAUAUUGCAAAAAUGAUUUUUUUUAAGUAAAUUGUACAGAACGAUGAAUCUCAAAUACGUCAACGUGUAUGUUUAACUAUAACAAAGGGCGAAGUUGUAAAUAUUGUGUUUGUAUGUUAGGCGGUUUUUAAACGACGCUGUCCACCGGCGCACUGUAUGCAUAUGUAUUUGUUUUAGGCAUUGUAGGUAGGGUUGUCAACCGUACUGUAAUAUAUACGUUUUGUACUAUAUUUCGGUUCCGCGUUCUAUAUACCUACUGUUGAAGAAUUAUAUUGUACGCAAAAAUACUGUAUUUUCAACAUUGAAAUCUAACAAACAAAAUUUUCAUUUAUGACUUCAUGAAUAUAUGAUGAGCAUUAGUUUUUGACAAAUGCAAUAAUCAAAAUUAAUGAAAUGAAAAUACACUUUAUUGUACACCACAAAGAAAUAUACAAUAUAAUAGGUUCCAAAAAAAAAAUAGCGUCUAGCCUAACAGAACUUGUUAACCUUAUUGAGUUCCAAACAUUAAACAAACAAAUAUAAAAAAAUUGCAUUUGGUUUUAAAAAUUAAAUGUUUGUUUUAAAAUGAAUGUCGAUUUUUGCUUAUUCCAUAAAAUACUAUAUUUUAUUUUAUUUAAGCGUACAUUUUUUAUAGCUUAAUCUGAAAAAUACUAUAUUUUUUUUUUAAGUUGGCAACCCUAAUUGUAGGCAAACUGAGUCUUCGACUGCGCACUAUAUGUCUUAGACGGACCAAAACGUGCGAAGAGCGCAUCGAUCUGUCAGAUUAGACUGUCAGUCCCUUGCAUCUACUAGUACGGUUCGGAGCGGUGCGUGAAAUUUCUCUAGGUCCGAACUCUACCCCCCCAUAAACAUGGAUUGAGAUUUAAACCUCAAUUUUCUUUAAAGUAAAAUGGACCUAAUAAUUACUGUUUAAAGUUCAAUUUUCUUGGAAGAAAUUAGAACCCCCCCAUAAAUGUAGCACGUAGACGAGGACUACGUUAUCCUGUUUGUCUAUAAUGGAUUACAUACAAGCCAAUGCAGCACAAAACAGUUUACUGUUGUGUAAAUUGUCAUUCUCAAGUGAAGUCAUAGGGUCUGCGCAGACAAGGCGGUCAUCCUAUUAUUUAACACAUCAAUACAUAGUCAACUAAAUGUUCUAAGUAGUUUGCGUUGAGCUUUACACAUAAAUGACUAUAUUACUUUUGAUUCAUACGAACACCGAUGACUGCCAAAUUCACUUACCCUUUACAAAUGUAGCAGUUUGUACAUCAGCUGUCCAGAUAUUAUGUAAUUUGACUGAAAAAAUGUAAUCUUAGUCAAUGAUAUGUAUUUAAAAAAAUUACCAUAAUUUAUAUAUAUGUCUCUAGAAGAAAUGCAACAGAAUAUCCAGAUUUUAUUUGUAUAAUGAAAGUAGAACAUAGUUUGUUGUAAUUCCAUUACAGUUAUAUAUAUUUUGACGGGAGCGUGUACGAAUAGUUGGAUAGGAACGACAAUCACAAUAUAUCAUAAUAUUAUAAUUAAAAAAAUUGUACAUAUAUUAGAUAAUUUUGGUAUAUAUAACAAAUAAUAAUUAUUGUUAAGUGAAUAUUGGUGCUAAUUCAGAUUUAUUAACAUAAACGAAAUUGACAGGUGUUAAAGUUGUGUUGUAUGGAGGCUGGGCCUUUAUUCCGAGUGUCAACUAAGCAGAACAAAUUAUUUUUAUCUUAAACUAGCGGACGCCCGCGACUUCGUCUACGUAAAACUUUCAACUACCCCUACCCUACCAUACAAUAAAGCUCAAAUUGACUACGUUUUAUUUAGAAAACAUUGGUAUGGGAAAAAGAAAAUGGCUAUUUUUAUGGUUUUUCCAGCAAUUAUUCGAAUUUUCCUCGCCGUAAAAACCAUCCUAUAACUUCAACAAACAUUUAAAAAAAAUAAUUGGCCAAAUUGGUCCAGGCGUUGUUGAGUUAUGCGCUUACCAACGCAUUUUGCGAUUCAUUUUUAUAUUAUAGAAGAACCUAAAAAAUUGGGCAUAAAGCCUAAAAUAUAUCUUAUUUUUUUAAAUUUAAAUUUAAAUAAAAUGUAUUAUUUUUUUCAGUAUCUGACAACAUUCAUAAGAAUUUUCAUCAUGACAACACGCUUGUUUGUAACUCACACCCUAAAAGAUUGUCAGUGAUCUUCGCUUAGUAGCAUUCGUUUAUGGCGUUUUUAAAACAAUUUAAGGAUUUUUUUGUUUAUUGCUUCUCUGUCUACGAUUUAACGUUUCUUUUUAACUUUUGUCUUAUUGACAUUUGACAAUAUUACAUGACAUUGACAGCUUACACCGGAUAAGAAUUCAAUUCAGGUGUUUUAUUGGCUGUUUUGAACACUUUUAUUGUAUUGUCUAUGUUUAAUUUGUAGACAAAGAAGCAAAACAAAAAAUAUUAUUUAUGCGGGUUCCAAAAAUUUUGAAAAUUAUUUUCUCAACAGCUAUUUGAAUUUUCUAUCCUUAAAAAUACUAUCGACCUAUAUAAAUAAUUAAGGCCCAUAUUGGGACAUGUCCUUUAAUUUCUGUCAAUGUGGUUUACUAUUUGAUAACCUGAAUUAGCACUGAUAUACUAUGUAUUUAUAAGACAUUUAGAUGUGUUUGUUUUACCACACAUAGUUGCGACCACUCUAACUUGGCUUUUGAUUCUUAACAAAAACUAUAUACAUAAUUAUAACAACUUGGUGCCUUUUUAUAGUGGUCGGUUUGUAUUAGUCAACUAUAUAUUAUUAUUUUAAAUAUACUAUAGAAUAAGAAAAGAUGCUAUUCACUGAUAA